AUGCAAGGGUUGCUAGGUCGUCCCGAAAACGACGCGCCACAUUGCCCGAGUGUGGUGUCAAAUGAGCAAGGGCGAGCCAGUGGGGCGUUCCCUACUGAGCGACGCGCUGCACUUCCCAGACCCGGGUGCAGUGAUAAAUAUGCAAGAGUUGCUGGGUUGUCGCCUGGAAGCGACGCGCCACAUUGCUUAAGUGUGGUGUCCAAUGAUCAAGGGCUUGCUGUUGGAGACAUGAGGGAGUGUGGUAUGAGGGAGCAUGGGAGAAAGGAUUCUAGUUUGCGGAUUGGUUCUUGGAAUGUAGGGUCUCUUACGGGGAAAUCAGCAGAAGUUGUUGAAGUGAUGAAGAGAAGACGGGUAAACAGCAUGUGCCUCCAAGAGACAAGGUGGACAGGAGAAGGAGCUCGAGGCUUGGUUUUAGGGUAUAAGGUGUGGUAUGUUGGACAAGAAACGAGCCACAAGACUAGGAAUGGUGGAUCUAGGAACGGAGUUGGUGUUAUUCUUGAUGAGAGGUUGUCUAAAGAGUGUAUAAGGAGGCUAAGAGUAAGGCAAAGGCAGCUAGUCGACAAGCGAAAGAAAAGGAGGGAGGUUUAUGAAAAGCUUGACUCCAAGGAGGGAGAAAAGAUCAUUUAUAAGAUGACAAAGAGAAGACAAGAGGCAAGGAAGGAUAUUGGCAUGGUAAAGUAUGUCAAAGAUAAGAACCAAAUUGUCCUUGUACAAGAGGAGGACAUCAAGGACAGGUGGAAGAGGUACUUCGAUGAAUUGUUUAAUGUAAAUAAUGGAGUUGUGACAGGAGAUACCUCCAUGAGUGAUGAAGAAAUCAACAUGGAAUAUGUGCGGAGGAUUAGAAGAGUAGAGGUAGAGAUUACACUGAAGAAGAUGAAGCCUAAGAAGGGGGUUGACCCUGAUGGUAUAUCGACAAAGGUGUGGAGGUGUUUGGGUAAUAUUGGUAUUGAUUGGUUAACAGACCUCUUUAACAAGAUAUGGAGGGCUACAAGGAUCCCGCAAAAUUGGAGGAAGAGCACCUUGGUCCAGGUUUACAAAAACAAAGGAGACGCUCAAGAUUGUUCUAACUAUCGAGGGAUCAAGCUUAUGAGCCACACUAUGAAGUUGUGGGAAAGAGUGAUUGAACAUAGGUUAAGGGCAUGCACAAGAAUUUUGGAUAACCAAUUUGGUUUUAUGCCUGGGAGGCUGGGAGAUCUACUAUUGUAA